AUGUACGCUCGCUACGUUCCUUCCAAGAAGAAGGAGACGCAGGCGCCUGUCGAAACAUCACCGGCGCCUCCCCCAGCUCGAGAACCAUCCGCGAUACCGGCAAGCGAGCCAGUCGUGACCGAAGGUACCACGGCGGCCGUUCCAUAUGCACGAUUCGUUCCCUCCAAGAAACCUCGCACCUCCAUUGUGAGUGCGGCGCCGACAGACACCAAUGUGCUCUCCCCGGCAACCAAGCGCAAGCACGAAGAGCCGGCCGAGACCGUAGAUACCCCCGUCAAGAAGAAAAAGUCAAGAAAGUCAGAAGGUGGAGCUGCAUCAGACGAAGACAAGACAGUACCAAGCAAGUCCAGGAAAACACAACCAGAAGAUCCAAAGUCAGAAAAGAAGAAAACGAAGAAGCGCGAAUCUGACGUCUCGAUCGUCGAGGCUGGGGCCGACGAGGAGAAUUCCAAGGAGAAGAAGGACAAGAAAAAGAAGAAGAAGGAACGUGAGGAGGCCGAGGAUGCAGACGAUGGCGCCGUCGACUCACGGCACAAGGCCGUCUUGGCCAAGGCUACAAAGUACUUGAAAAAGUCAGCAGAGAUUAUAGCCAAGAACGAAGUCGCAGAUAAGAUGGAUGUGGACGAGGAGGAAGAGGAGGUAGAAGAACACGACUUGGUGCCCCUUCCACAACCCGAACAGACUGCACUCGAUACCUCAAAACCCUCGUACGAGACGCUGCCACCUUGGCUCGCCGCUCCGAUUCGCGUAGCUCCCGACACGCGAACGCCUUUCGCAGACAUCGGCAUCAACCCGAAAGCGGCCCAGAUUCUCGAGUCAAAGGGUUUCAAGGAUGCUUUUGCCGUUCAGACAGCCGCUCUCCCGCUUCUGCUACCAUCGUGCAAGCACCGCCAGGGCGAUCUUCUCGUUGCGGCGGCGACUGGUUCUGGUAAGACGCUCGCAUACGCCCUGCCCAUCGUGCGGGACAUCAGCCAAGGCGCCGUCACCAGGCUGCGAGCUCUGGUCGUCCUGCCGACGCGUGAGCUGGUUAAACAGGCUCAGGAAGUAUUCGAGCUUUGCGCCAGCGCAUUCGACGGCCGCGAACAGAAGAGAGUGCGCAUCGGUAUAUCCAUCGGUAGUCAGCAGUUGAAGCACGAGCAGAACAGUCUAGUCGAAAAGGGGGAGAAGUACGACCCCGAGGCAUAUCGCGCCGCGCACCAGAGGGAAUUGGAGGCAUGGAAGGAUGUCGAGGACACAGCAGCCGAUUCUGAGGGCACAAUAGAUACGAAGCCGACAGCUGGCUCGCUUCCGGAUCACAUUGUCGACUACAUGUCCAAGGUCGACGUCCUGAUCUGCACCCCCGGUAGGCUCGUCGAGCACAUCAACCUCACCCCCGGCUUCUCACUAGACUAUGUGCGUUGGAUGGUUGUCGACGAAGCCGAUAAGCUUCUCGCUCAGAGCUUCCAAGGCUGGCUGGACACCGUCAUGCCCAAGCUCAGCAUCAACAAAUUCAGCGCCCGCGACUUUCCCGACUCAAACCUGACCGGCGUGCGCAAGGUCGUCCUCAGUGCCACCCUGACGCGGGACCUCAGCUUGCUGAGCGGGUUGCAGCUCCGCAGGCCACAGCUCAUCGUGUUGGAAGGUGACCAAGCCGACGGCACGGCGCCCAUCGCCGAGCAUACCCUGCCCACACUGCUCAAGGAGUCGGCCAUCAGAGUGCACGAUGCGAACCUCAAGCCGCUCUACCUCAUCGACCUUCUUCUCGACGGCCAUCUCAUGUCCGAGACCGCUUCCAAGACGGAGUCCAAACCGGCCGCCGAAGAUGAUGGUACAUCCUCAUCAGACGACUCCUCCGACUCCGAUUCCUCCUCAGACUCAGAUUCCGACUCGGACUCGAACACCUCCUCAGACGCCAGCACAACAGACGUCGCCACCACCGCAAAAUCCCCCGCAAAACCCUUCACAGCAACAGCCCUCAUCUUCACCAAAUCAAACGAAUCCGCCCUCCGCCUCUCCCGCCUCAUCUCCCUCCUCCACCCCUCCCUAGCCCCCUACAUCGCGACCCUCACCUCGACCCAGAAGACCUCGGACCGUCGCCGCGCGCUCCGCGCCUUCGCCUCCCGCCGCCUCCGCCUCCUCGUAGCCUCCGACCUCGUCGCCCGCGGCAUCGACCUACCCCUCCUCGACAACGUCGUAAACUACGACCUCCCUGCCAGCGCCGCCGGCUACGUCCACCGUGUUGGCCGUACCGCGCGUGCUGGCCGCGCCGGCGCCGCCUGGACUCUGGUCGAGGACGGCGAGAGCGGUUGGUUCUGGGGUAAGAUUGCCAAGCCGAGCAGCAGGAUCCGCCGCGCGGUCAAGGUCGAUCGUCUGCGUAUCGGAGAUCCUGACAGCGGUGGAUUUGAGGAAGAGAGAGUGCAGAAGUACGAGGAGGCGUUGGAAAAGCUGGGCAAGGAGGCAGGCGAAGCCAGGAGGCAAAGGUAG